AUGUCACGCAACUGUAUGAAAGAUUUAAAUCCAAUUGUCGUUGAUAAUGGCUCAGGUACAAUUAAAGCCGGUUUUGCUGGAGAUGGUCAACCUAGCACAAUUUUUCCCACUAUUAUUGGCCGUCUAUGUCACUCUACAAUGGUACCUGAAAUCAGUCACAAAGAUCAAUAUAUUGGAGACGAAGCAAUAAAAACUAAAGAAAUUUUAUCUAUUCAUCAUCCAAUUGAACAUGGUAUUAUUACAAAUUGGGAUGAUAUGGAAAAAAUUUGGCAUCAUACUUUUUAUAAUGAACUUCAUAUUCUACCUGAACAACAUCCAGUUUUGUUUAGUGAAGCACCACUAAAUCCUAAAGCUAAUCGUGAAAAAAUGGCACAAAUUCUUUUUGAAAAUUUUAACAUACCUGCUAUGUAUGUGGCAAUGCAGUCUGUUCUUUCAUUUUAUGCAAGUGGUAGAAUAGCUGGUCUUGUUCUUGAAAUUGGUGAUGGUGUUUCACAUACAGUACCCAUUUAUCAAGGUUAUGCUUUGUCACAUGCAACAAAUCGUCUUGAUUUAGCUGGACGUGAUUUAACUGAUUUCAUGAUUCGAUUAUUAGCUGAACGUGGUUAUGCAUUAACAACGACAGCUGAACGUGAAAUUGUUCGAGAUAUGAAAGAAAAAUUGGCUUAUGUUGCAUUAGAUUUUGAACAAGAAUUAACAACUGUAAAUUGUUCGAAUAACAUAGACAAGAAUUAUGAAUUACCUGAUGGUCAAAGAAUAACUAUUGGUAAUGAACGUUUUCGUUGUUCGGAAGUUCUUUUUAAACCGACAAUGAUUGGUCAACGAGAACUAGGCAUUGCUGAAAUGGUUUAUGAUACAAUUAUGAAAUGUGAUAUUGAUGUACGAGAUCGAUUGUAUCGUAGGAUACUUUUAUCAGGAGGAACAACUUUCAUACCGGGUUUGACGAAUCGAUUACAUAAAGAGAUGAUAGCAUUAGCUCCACAAGCAGCAAAGAUUCGUAUUAUUGCCGAAUCAGAAAGACAAUAUGCAGUAUGGCUUGGUGGUUCAAUUCUUAGUUCAUUAUCAUCAUUUCAAAAAAUGUGGAUAACAAAACAAGAUUAUAAUGAAUUUGGUCCAUCGAUUGUACAUCGAAAAUCUAUGUGA